AUUAUUACUUUUGUCAAUACUUCCCUUUUCCUUUUCGUGGGUGUACUGUCGACAGUGAACCCCGCACGAGCUCUUGGUUGAACAUUGUCGUGCUUUCUUAAAUUGCGCCCAAAAGGGCUGCUUCCACCUCUCUCGCCCCGUUCUCGUACGCGUUACUGCUUGUCGGUGUCGUGUUGUGUUGUGUUGUGAAAUGGGAAAGUGAAACUCCAUGGAGUCCACGAGUUUUUGCCAUUACUAACACUUGUAGGGCAACGGCGAGAGUGACUGGUAGAUGCGGUAUUAAUUGAGCUGGGUUUGUCCUCAUUGAGGGCGGGAUGCUCACAGUUGUCACAGUGCGCCGUCUCCCUUAUGCAAGAACUGGGGAGGAUUAACCCGAAUAAACGCUCCAUCUUUUUGCAGGUUUUGGGGACUAGAAUGAGAUCCUCGGGUUAAUCGGAAUUAGCAGGAUGUGUGAUUCGCCAUUGUUCCGAUCUGCAUUGCACCAAAGUGCCUCUUUAUCGGAGUGUUCACAUUCCGGAUCGAACAAUUUUGCUUCGGAAUGUUCAUUGCGUACCCUUCAGCCUCCAGGGGUUGACCUGUCGUUAGAGGAGAGAGACUAUGCCAACGAUGUUGCAAGUCCAGGGUCUUGCACUAGAAGAAACAGAUCUUACCCUUACAGAUUCCAACUUGAACGUGAUGUACAGAAACUGCAGGAGCAGCUAAAAGAAGAGAUGGAACUGCAUGCAGUUUUGGAACGAGCACUCGAAAAGACAGCUGUAGAAUUAACAAUUCCAUCAUGUCUCCCUCACCAGGCCCAGGAGCUACUUUCCAAUAUUGCAGUGUUGGAAGUUGCAGUGUCAAAACUUGAGAAUGAGAUGGUUUCAUUGCAUUUCCAAUUAAGUCAAGAAAGAAAUGAACGUAGGCUUGCUGAAUAUCGUUUGCGGCAUUCAUCUUCAGAAUUAAAGUCCCUUUGCAUCCCAAACAAUUUAGGAAAGCUGGAAUUAGUAGAUCAACCAUCAGAUUCCACCGGCGAAUUUUGUUCUGUGCACUCGGAGAUUCAGGAUAGUGCUGACUUGUCUGCGUCUUUCACUGAGAGCAUUUCAAGGAGAAUGGAUCAACGUGAAGAAGAGUUGAGGAAGGGUCCCAAGGAGAUGCCUCUUAAGGGCCUAUGGGAUUAUCCCAAUAAACUCUCUGAAGAGAUGGUCCGAUGUAUGAAGAACAUAUUCAUUUCCCUAGCAGAUUCUGCUUUACCUUGCCAAUCCUCCACAUCGCAGACUGGCCAGAUAUCACCGAUCUCUCCACAUGGGCUUCUUUCCAAUUCCAACUCAUCGUGGUGGUCGUCUUCUGACCGCUCAUUCAUCUCAUCUUGGGUACAGAGUCCACAAGUAGAUGUACAGAGUAACCUUGAAGUGUUAGCACUAGAGAACGCCUGUGACCCUUAUAGGGUUCGGGGUAAAUUGAGUUGGGCAGAUGUCGGAAACUAUGGGCUCGUGACUGAAGUUUCUUGGAUGUCUGUUGGGAAAAAGCAAUUAGAGUAUGCUGCUGGGGCUCUGAGGAGGUUCAGAACACUUGUGGAGCAGCUUGCAAAGGUGAACCCCAUCCAUUUGAAUAACAAUGAAAAGCUUGCUUUCUGGAUCAACUUGUACAAUGCCAUGAUCAUGCAUGCUUACUUGGCUUAUGGAGUCCCAAGAAGCGACUUGAAGCUGUUCUCCUUGAUGCAGAAGGCAGCAUAUACUGUUGGGGGGCAUUCCUUCAACGCUGCUGCUAUCGAGUACGGGAUUUUGAAGAUGAAACCACCAAUGCAUAGGCCACAAAUUGCUUUGCUUCUUGCACUACACAAGCUGAAGAUAUCAGAAGAGCAGCGAAAAUCUGCUAUCGAUGGUUAUGAGCCGCUCAUCGCAUUUGCUCUCAGCUGUGGAAUGUACUCAUGUCCUGCUGUGAGAAUCUACACAGCUAAGAAUGUGAGGGAGGAGUUACUCGAAGCGCAGCUUGAUUUCAUCAGGGCUUCUGUUGGAGUCAGCAGCAAAGGGAGGCUGUUAGUGCCUAAGAUGCUACACUGCUUUGCGAAGAGCUUUGUAGAUGAUGCCAAGCUGGCAGUGUGGAUAUCGCACUACCUCCCCCCCCGUCAGGCUGCCUUCGUGGAGCAGUGCAUGUCACAGAGACGUCAAAGCCUUCUUGGCGGCUCACGUAACUGUGGGAUUCUCCCCUUUGAUUCGCGAUUCCGUUACUUGUUCCUGCCUGGAAAGGUUCCAGUUCCAUGAUACUCACGCUACAAAGGAACAGUGAUGAGUUGAAUUGGAAUCACCACCUCUUUACCUUUACGUCACAUGGGGCAUAACCUUUAGUCCAGUAGGAUUGACGGAAAGUGAAAAUCCUAGCUUGCCUCUUCGAGGACCGGUCCAUCAACCCUUCUCUGUAAAUGAGCUAGGAUUGUGAACUCGUUCAAUGUAAAUGACAAGGGAUGGCUGCAGUUUUGUCUUUUUUUGGUCUUUUAAAGCCGAGGUCUUCUGCAGCCCAUCGUCCUCGAUGCUUUGUACAUCCUUCAACCCGGGCAACUUCGUUUUUUGUAUAAUAUUCAAAAUUAUACCCUAAACAUGCAGUUCAUACAA